AUCUUAAAUAUAUUAAGACCAUCUCUGGUGCAACUCUCAGAAAUUGCGAGAAAAUAAUAAUGCGGAGGAGUUCUGUCUAUGCUUCUGCAUUUGUCUUUUUUCUUUAUGUUCCACUUAUCAUCUCAGCAAGGCACAUAAACCGGUCACAUUCGCUAGGACAAGGCCAUCCAGAUCUUGCACAGGAAAAUACAAGGGAUGGAAGCAAAAUGGCAAAACAAGGCUUGCGUUGGGAAGGAAGAGCAACAAAAAAACAUAUACGGGGCCCCGACACACUACAAGUAGCCGGGUCCAGGUUACCCGAUUGCUCACAUGCGUGUGGAUCAUGCUCUCCAUGCAGAUUGGUGAUGGUGAGCUUCGUUUGUGCGUCCCUUGCAGAGGCUGAGUCAUGUCCAAUGGCCUACAAGUGCAUGUGCCACAACAAGUCCUAUCCUGUUCCAUAGACUAUAACAUAGAUUUUCUGUUUAAUUUCAAUUUUCAAGCUUCA